AUGCAGCUCUACGAGAGGGUGAAGAAUGAUUUCAAGACCGAUGUUACCUGGAACCGGGUCGUCCGUUACGGGAUUCAGGGCCUGCGUGCCGCCCCAGAAGCAUCAGGGAGAUAUGUCGUCGAGAAGGUCCCCAUUGUCGGGUGGCUGCCUCGCUACAACUAUCGAUGGCUCCUGACCGAUUUUGUGGCUGGCUUGACCCUGUCGCUCAUGUUGAUCCCCCAAGGUCUUGCCUAUGCCAAAAUCGCCAAAAUCCCCGUGCAAUAUGGUCUCAUGUCGUGCUGGGCGCCGGCAGUCAUCUACGCCAUCAUGGGAACAUCAAAAGAUGUCUCAACUGGACCGACUUCUUUGAUCGGUUUGAUGACCGCACAAGUCGUGGACGACCUCAAAAAGGAAGGAUACGCUCCAGAGGCAAUUUCAUCCGCAGUUGCCCUCUCGAUGGGCAUCUACAUGGCCGGUCUCGGUGUCUUGAAGUUGGGCUUUCUGCUCGACUUCAUUUCCUACCCAGUGCUCACCGGCUUCAUCUCUGCCGUUGCCAUCACCAUUGGCCUUGGCCAAGUCGCCAAUCUCAUCGGCGAGGACAACGUGGGCAGUGGCACCGCCAACCAGAUUCAUGACAUUUUGACCAACUUCGGCACCUGCAACGGACGUGCUGCAGGUGUCGGCUUUGCUGGCAUCAUUCUCCUGGUCGCCCUGCAAAAGGCUGGUGAGAGAUGGGGCAGCAAGAACAAGAUCAUCUGGUUCUUGUCCAUCACUCGAGCUUUCAUCGCUCUUCUGUUGUUCACCGGCAUCAGCUACGGCGUCAACAAGGGACGUGAUAGUGACGACUACCUAUUCGAUGUCAGCAAGGUCCCAUCCCUCAGCAUCCACACUCCCAAACCAGUCGACUCUGCUCUCCUUGGCAAAGUUGCUGGUCGCAGCAUUGCCGCUUUCCUUGGUGCCUCGAUUGAGCAUCUCGGAAUCUCCCGUGCCUUCGGCUUGAGGAACAACUAUGUCAUAGAUCCCAGUCAAGAGCUUUGCUAUUUGGGGGUGACGAACAUCUUCAACAGCUUCUUCACCGUCAUGGGUGUCGGUGGCGCCAUGUCCCGGACGGCGGUCAACUCCCAGUGCAACGUCAAAUCCCCGCUCUCAGGCCUCGUUACCACUGGUGUCAUCGUCCUCUCCAUCUACAAGAUGACUGGAGCGCUGUACUGGAUCCCGAAAGCCACGCUUGCUGCGAUCGUCAUCACGGCCAUCUGGCCACUCAUCGGCAAGCCAAGCACUUACUACCACUUCUGGAAAACUUCAUUGGCCGACUUUGUUGCAGCCAUGGUCGCAUUCUGGGUGUCUCUGUUCACAUCGACUGAGAUCGGUAUCGCCAGCGCUGUGGGCUUCAAUGUUGUAUACGUCUUGCUCCGCCAAGUUUUCAAGCAAGUGAAGACGGUCGGAGCCGACUCUCGUGCGGAACUUGCGGCUUCAUUGGACGGUUCGCGCGGGAUGCCGCCGCAUAUUCCUCCGGACACCCGGGUCUUCCGCUUCGAAGAAUCCUUCUUUUUCCCCAACAUCCAAAGGGUCAAGACCAACAUCUUGGACGUUAUCCAAACAUAUCAUGCUCCCGAAUAUAACAACCGCAACGGCGAGGAGGCGGAACGGAACUGGUCUGUUGAGGCGGAGAAACGUAUUGCACGGCUGCGCCGGAGGGCCAAGACUCAAGGAGUCAGCUUGCCACCGAUCAACGUCGUGAUCCUUGACUUCUCAAAGGUCAACUACUUCGAUACCAGCGGUGUCGUAGGCCUGAAGAACUUCUUUGCCGAGCUAAGACACUAUGCCGGCGACGGCACCGAAGUCCGCUUUGUUGCUCUCAACAGCAUGACCCGCAAACGCUUUGAGCGCGCCGGCUGGACCUUGCUGGACGGGGACACCUCCAUGGACACCUCAAAGGUGACGUCGGUGAGGGUUUUCCGAACUGUCGGCGACGCUGUUGUGGCCUCUCGACAAGACCAUGAAAUUUGCGAGGUCGUUGUCAAGACGGACAGCGUCGAGGAGAACACGACCAUCACCCAUCGUGAGAAGAUGUAA